AUGUCCCAAGUGGAAAAAGUGUCCAUUCUUGGAUCCGACUCCAUUCAUGUGGGUUACGGGAUCCAGGACCACAUUGUGGAAGAGACACUUACGAACCUCAAGUCCUCUACGUAUGUGAUUAUCACCGAUUCCAAUAUGGAAGCCACUGCUCCAUACCAGACUUUGAGUUCCAAGUUUGAAGCCGGAUUGAAAGAAUUCAGACCAGAAUCCCGGUUGUUCUACUAUGCUGUUUCGCCUGGCGAAAACAACAAGUCUCGCGAAACAAAGGCCCAGGUUGAGGAUUUCCUCUUGCAAAAAGGUUGUACGAGAGAUACUGUGAUCAUUGCUGUUGGUGGUGGUGUUGUAGGUGACAUGAUUGGAUUUGUCGCUGCUACGUUCAUGAGAGGCGUUCGUGUGGUUCAAGUACCAACCACAUUGCUUGCGAUGGUUGAUUCUUCUAUUGGAGGAAAAACCGCUGUGGACACACCUUUGGGAAAGAACUUUGUUGGAGCAUUCCACCAACCAAAGUACGUCUUUGUUGAUGUUUCCUUUUUGACCACUUUACCUACGAGACAAUUCAUCAACGGUAUGGCCGAGGUGGUGAAAACAGCCGCAAUCUGGAACGAGGAAGAGUUUACUCGCCUUGAAAACUUCGCUAAGACAUUCAUCGCUGUGGUUACCAGCGACAACAUCGACCUUGCCACUAUUAAAGAUGAUUUGGUCAAGACAGUUUUGGAGUCCAUUCGCGUCAAGGCGGACGUUGUUUCUGCAGACGAAAAGGAGUCCAGCUUGAGAAACUUGCUUAACUUCGGUCACACAAUAGGCCAUGCAAUUGAAGCCAUCGUGACCCCACAAGCUUUGCACGGUGAGUGUGUUGCAGUCGGAAUGGUAAAAGAAGCCGAGUUGGCAAGAUACUGGGGGGUUUUAAGCCCCGUUGCCGUGGCUCGUUUGGUUAACUGUAUUGCUGCCUACAACUUGCCCACAUCUGUCGGAGACAAGAUUUUCGUGCAGCGGAUUGGUCAUAAACGUCAUUUUAUCCAGAUCAACACGUUGUUGGAGAAAAUGGCCAUUGAUAAAAAGAACGACGGUUCGAAAAUCAGAACCGUGAUUUUGGAAGCUAUAGGUAAAUGUUACCAAUUGAAAGCGCACGAGGUCUCAAAACAAGACUUGAGUUUUGUCUUAACAGACGAAACUUUGGUGCAUCCUUUCCAGGAGGAGACCACUCCCAAGGAAAAUGUUGUGAUUCCACCUGGAUCUAAGUCCAUCUCCAAUAGAGCGUUGAUUUUGGCUGCUUUAGGAAAGGGAACUGUACGUAUCAAGAACUUGUUACACUCCGACGACACAAAACAUAUGCUUGCUGCUGUCGCUGCUUUGAAAGGUGCGGAGAUUUCCACCGAAGAUAAUGGCGAUACUAUAGUUGUCAAGGGUAAUGGCGGAAACUUCAUUACUUGUGACGAACAACUUUACUUGGGUAAUGCCGGAACAGCGUCAAGGUUUUUGACCACCGUGGCCUCUUUGGUCAAUGUGAACGAACAGUCUAACGAUUACACCGUGUUGACCGGAAAUGCCAGGAUGCAAGAGAGACCCGUCGGUCCUUUGGUCAAUGCCUUGAGAGCAAAUGGAUCUGAAAUCGAAUACUUGAACAACGAAGGUUCUUUGCCUUUGAAAAUCAAGGCUGGAAAGGGCUUGAAAGGUGGCCGUGUUGAGUUGGCCGCCACGAUUUCCUCGCAGUACGUGUCGUCCAUUUUGAUGUGUGCCCCAUACGCCGAAAAAGAAGUCACAUUGGCUUUGGUGGGCGGGAAGCCAAUUUCGCAAUUGUACAUUGAUAUGACUAUUGCCAUGAUGAAGGACUUUGGCAUAUCUGUCACCAGAGACCCACAUGAAGAACACACUUACCAUAUCCCUAAGGGUGUCUACAGUAAUCCUGGUGUGUAUGAGGUGGAAUCUGAUGCUUCUUCUGCCACAUAUCCAUUGGCAUUUGCCGCAAUGACUGGUACCUCGUGCACCGUUCCGAAUAUUGGAUCUUCUUCUUUGCAAGGAGAUGCGAGAUUUGCUGUGGAUGUGUUGAAACCAAUGGGUUGUACUGUUGAACAAACGUCCACGUCCACCACGGUAAGAGGUCCCUCUAAGGGCAGCUUGAAGCCAUUAACCCAUGUUGAUAUGGAGCCUAUGACUGACGCAUUCUUGACUGCUUCCGUUGUUGCAGCAAUUGCUAAUAGCUCAGUGCCCACCCAGAUCACUGGUAUUGCCAACCAAAGAGUUAAGGAAUGUAACCGUAUUUUGGCAAUGGUAGAUGAAUUGGCUAAGUUUGGCGUAAGAGCUGAGGAACUCCCCGAUGGAAUCGAAAUCUACGGUAUCGAUUACAAAAACUUAAAGGUUCCUAGCUUGGAAAACAGAGGUGUUUGCACUUACGAUGACCACCGUGUCGCCAUGUCCUUCUCUUUGUUGGCCGGAAUGUGUCCUGAGCCUGUGUUGAUUACUGAAAGAUCGUGCACUGGAAAGACUUGGCCUGGUUGGUGGGACGUUUUGCACACCAAGUUUGGUGUGGAACUUGAGGGAUACGAAGAACCCAAAGACUUGAAUGACCCUGCUUUGUUGGUCAACAAAGAAGUCAACGGGGAUAAAUCGAUUGUCGUCAUCGGUAUGAGAGCUGCUGGAAAGUCUACUUUGAGCAGGUGGAUCGCAGACUUCAUGGGUUUUGAGCUCAUAGACUUAGACACUGUUUUUGAGCAAACCCAUGGCGACAUCCGUGAGUACAUCAAAGCUAACGGUUGGGGACGAUUCCGGGAACUUGAAGCUGGAAUAAUGAAGGAAUAUCUUACCAAGUGUUCUAGCCGUCAUGUUAUUUCAACAGGUGGGGGUAUUGUUGAAAGUGAGGAAUCGAGGGAUAUUUUGAAAUCUUACACCAAGACUGGUGGUAUCGUGCUCCACUUGCACAGAGACUUGGAUGAAACCAUUGUGUUUUUGAGUUCUGAUACAACAAGACCUGCCUACGUCAGCGAAAUCAAAGACGUUUGGGCUCGUAGAGAGAAAUGGUAUCACGAAUGCUCCAACUACCAUUUUUACUCGUCGCACUGUGGCACUGAAGAAGAGUUCAAAAAAUUGAGACACUCUUUCGUCAGCUACUUGAAAACCAUUACUGGUGCUGGACUCAGCCCAGUUCCAAAGGGCCGAUCAUUUGUUCUCAGUUUAGCAUGCUCUGACUUGAAUGACAUUGCUGAAAACCUAGAAGACAUUGUCGCCGGAUGUGAGGCUAUUGAGUUGCGCGUUGAUCUUUUGAAAGAUUACAGUCCAUCCUUUGUUGCUGAUCAAACGGCUGUUUUGAGAAAGUUUGUCAACUUGCCUAUAAUUUACACCAUCCGUACAAAGGGGCAAGGUGGAAACUUCCCCGAUGAAGACGUACAAGCUCUCGAACAGUUGAGUUACUUGGGUAUCAAACUUGGAGUGGAUUACUUGGAUGUUCAAUUAUCGAACUCGGAGAAAUUUGUGAAGAGUAUCAUCGAGAAGAAAGCGUUUACUAAAAUCAUCGCUACACACAUUGAUCUCGCUGGCUUGCCAUGGACCAGGGCUGAAUGGGAUAACAAGUACAACCAAGGGAUUAGUUUGAAUGCAGACGUUAUCCAAUUGGUCGGAUUUGCCCAUGCAUUCCAAGACAAUAUUGACCUUGAACAAUUCCGUGCAAACCACACUAUCACUCCGUUGAUUGCAUUCAAUGCUGGUGAGCAUGGAAAGUUGUCGCGGGUGUUAAACAGAACACUCACUCCCGUCACUAGUGAGUUGCUCUCAAAUGUUUCUGGGAAUGGACAGCUUACUGUGGGAGAAAUUAAUAGAUGUUUUUCUGAAAUAGGUGGAUUGAGCAGAAGAAACUUUUACAUUGUUGGAAACCCUAUCUCUCAUUCCCGCUCACCCCAGUUGCACACCGCAGGAUAUGAGAAGUUGAACUUGCCGCAUAGAUUCUCAAAGUUUGAGACUGAUUAUGCGCAAAAAGUAUAUGAGGAGGUGAUGACAAAGCCAGGCUUUGGAGGUUUGGCCGUCACCAUCCCGUUGAAGUUGGACAUCAUGAAGUACGUGAGUGAAUUGUCUGAAUCUGCUAAAAUCAUUGGUGCUGUUAAUACCGUCACGCCUUUGGAUGGACAGCCAGGAAAGUUUUAUGGUGACAACACAGAUUGGUACGGUAUCACGCAAUCUUUUGUAAGGCACGGUGUACCUUCUUUUGGUAAUUCUUCCGUGAAUGGUAUGGUUGUUGGUGGUGGAGGCACAUCCAGAGCUGCGGCUUUUGCCUUGCACCAGAUGGGAUGCAAGAAGAUUUACAUGGUCAACAGAACGACGUCCAAGUUACACGAGAUCAAAUCUUCUUUACCUCUGGACUUCAAUAUUGAAGUUUUAGAGACCGUGGACCAAGUGGAAGCUGCCGAUCCAGUUUCCUUAGUUGUGUCGUGUGUCCCUGCUGAUAAGCCUCUUGAUUCUGAACUUUUGAACAAGGUGGAGCGGAUUUUGUACCAUGGCAAAAACCAAGAGAAGCGCAGCUUUGUUCCUACAUUGCUUGAUGCGGCCUACAAGCCUCGUGUUACGCCCAUUAUGAAGAUCGCCGAGGAAAAGUUUGGUUGGGCUGUGGUUCCAGGAGUGGAGAUGUUGGUUAAUCAGGGAGUUUUGCAAUUUAAAGUGCACACCGUCUUUACUCCUCCAUACAAAAAUGUGUAUGAGGCUGUUGUGGAUGACAAUGUAUAA